UCCCUUACACUUGUCCACCUCUAGUAAGCCGUUACGUCACGCCAUCAGCUGUUGCUGGACGCAAAUUGUUUCUGCCUGCCGGAAUAAUGAACUUUCUGAAAAAGCUGGUGCCCCAGGUGGCGGCCGAGGUGCAGCAACUCAGCCGGUCGAGCAUCCACACCAGCUCCGUGUGCUGUCGCGUGCAAUCCGGGCGAUACCGCAUAACCACAAAGCGAAACAGGCCGCUCACCUACGAGAUGGCCAAUCCUCCGCAUUUCAUUGGCCACCGCAAGUCGUGGAACUCGUUGAACACAUCCACGUUGAAGGAUGCCCUGCGUCCGUCGCAGACUGCCAUCGAAGAUGUGUUUAUACGCAAGUUCGUCACCGGCACCUGGCACGCCCUCGUCUGCUCCGAGAUCAUCAUCAAGCGGCAGCACAACACCAUCAGAAUUGCGGCCCUCAUCCGUCAGGCGAUCACCCCACGCAAAAUGUACUUCCUUAUUGGCUACACGGAGGAGCUGCUCUCCUACUGGAUGCAGUGCCCCGUGACACUGGAACUGCAGACGGUGGGUGACAGAAAGGACGUGGUCUUCAAAUACAUUUAGUUGAUUUCUCUAUUUACAUGUCCAAUAUAAAAAUGUUAUAGUUUUA